AUGGAGACCCCAAUAGUUAAACUGUUUGAUGAGAAACUCAGUAUAGUUUAUGAGCCUUCUGAGAAUUCGUAUCUUUUGGUAGAGGCUUUGGAGGCAGAUUUAGAAAAUCUACAUGCGAUGAAGCCAAGGAUUUGUUUAGAGAUAAGUAUUGGCUCUGACAUAGUUAUAUCUUUAGUAAUGGCAUUAAAAAAAAUAUCAUAACGUUUAUUAUAUACGAUUGAUAUAAAUCCUGAUGCAUGUAGAAUCACGAGAAGAAGUCUGAUUAAUUCAGUCGAUGUAGAUGUUUAAAUGAAUUUAUUAGAUUGCAUACGAAUUAAAUAUACAUUUGACAUUAUUUUAUUUAAUCUUCCGUAUGUAAUUACAGAAUAUGUCGAAGUAGUAGAUAAUAGACUAUUCAAAACAUGGGCAGGGAGUAAAAAUGGUAAACAAGUUAUGGAACAAGUAUUUAUGUUAUUCCCAAAUCUUAUUCCAAAUGCAGGAUUGUUUUAUUUAGUUGUUAUAAAAGAAAAUGAUCCUGAAUAUAUAUUGGGCGCUUUCAAAAAGUUAAAUAUAUCCAGUGAAAUUGUUCAUGAAAGAAAAGUAAGAGGACAGCAUUUGUAUGUUUUACGUUUUCGUAAAGGAAACGAAAAGUUAGCAUACACGUCAGAAAUAUAG